GUCAGCGGCGUGGAGGGAAGGGCUAGCCCGGCUUCCUGGUCCUUCGGCGGUGGCCGUUGCUCCUGGUUCGUGCGCUGGGUUGCGAGCUCAUGUCUUCAAGAAUGACACCAGAAAACUUUAAAACAACCACCGUUACUGAUACAGAGGAAAAGGUGAAAUGUAACGUUGAUGAGGUAGAAAUUAAAGAAUUGCCACUGGAAAAGAUGGAGAAUAUUGAAACUAUGUCAAAAAGACAAAGAAAGAAGCUAAUAAAGCAGAAACAAUGGGAAGAACAAAGAGUCUUGCGCAAGCAAAAACGUAAAGAAAAACGCUUGAAGAGAAAAAUGGAGCGCCAGUCUCAGCUGGAAUCAAACAGUGAAGGGAGUGUCAGGAAACGUAUGCGUAGGGAUAUUGUUCCAAGUCCACUUCGGCUUAUAAUAGACUGCAGUUUUGACAAUUUAAUGGAAUUAAAGGAUGUCAAGAAACUUCACAAGCAAAUUCAGAGGUGUUAUGCAGAAAAUCGUAAAGCACUUCAUCCUGUUCAGUUUUACUUGACUAGUCACGGAGGACAGCUGAAGGACAAUAUGAAUGAAACAGACAAGGGAUGGAUAAAUUGGAAGGAUAUUCAAAUUAAAUCAGCUCAUUAUAGUGAGUUGGUAAAAAAAGAAGAUCUUGUUUACCUCACCUCAGAUUCUCCAGAUGUCUUGAGUGAAUUAGAUGAAUCAAAAGCCUAUGUUAUUGGAGGCUUGGUUGAUCACAAUCAUCACAAGGUAGAUGAUUAAUUAUAAUGUGCACACAUACUUGAAAAAAAUAUUAUUGAUGUCUACCAUGUUUUCCCGAAAAUAAGACCUAACCAGAAAAUAAGCCCUAGCCUAAUUUCUAGCAUGGUCCUAAUAUGUGUGGGACAAUGGGCUGAUGGUGUCCAGCAGUAGCCACAGCCCACACAGCACAGGUAAGUUGAUUACCUGUCCAGAGGAAGAGGCAGGUGAUCCUGGUGUGCCCCGCAGGCAAGCCGAGAGAUAGUGGGACAAAGUGGACAGGUGGCUCCGAGAGGCUCAUCUUUGCAUCUCUUGGCUUGCCUCUGACUCAGGUUUGCUAGUCUUCCCUCCCUCCCCAACCCCCCGUGUUGGUGCCACUGCACAAAGAUGAGCCUCCUAAGGCCAACUGCCCGCUCCAGCCCACCGACUCAGUUUUUCCGUGGCCUGCACGCCGUGUCCAAAUUGCCUGCUUCCCCCCUGUAUCUCUGCCUCCCUGCGGUGCUUGGACAGAUAAUCAACUUGCAUGGGCUGCACAACUCUGGACUAUGCGUACUGGGGGAGAGGGGGGACGCCUGAUAUCACGUUUCCCUGAAAAUAAGCCCUAAUGCGUCUUUUGGAGUG